CCGGCACCUGUAAAUCCGCCCUGAACGCGCCGCGGAGAAAACGCGCACCGAAUGAACGCAACACGUUGCUGAAUGAAGAGAGAGAGAGAGAGAGAGAGAGAGGUGAUCAGACAGCAGUGUGUCCAACAGAGCGGCAGGAAUACGGGUGGAAACGGCGGACACGGUGGUGCGCUACUUUUCCAUUUCAGGCGAGAUCCGAACAGCGGCCGAGCGCGCUGAGAACAGCGGGAGAAGAGCGCGCACGCCCGGGCACACACACGCAGGGCUGCCCGCCCUCCAAACAUGGCUGAUCGUCGGCUGUGGGGCGCUGCUGAAACCUCCAGGAAGACGAUCCAUGCUGCCCGCUGAUGAUGAUGAUGAAGAUGAUGAUGGACCUGAUGGGAAGCAGCUCUCCACAAUAAUGACCAACUUCAUCGACAAGCAUCUAAAAACGGGUCCGUCCUCAGUUCGGAAGAUGGACGUGAUCAUCCCGUACACCCCCGAUGUGCCCUGUGACUCGAACGGGCAGCGCAUGUGGUGGGCGUUCCUCGCCUCCUCGAUGGUCACUUUCUUCGGGGGUCUCUUCAUCAUUUUGCUGUGGAGAACUUUCAAGUACCUGUGGACGGUGUGCUGCCACUGCAAGAAGAAAAAGAAGGACGUGCAUCGAGUGAGUAACCCUGCUGUCACCAGUGUUGGGGGGAUUAAAGUAGGGGGAGAGCGCGAGACGGAGAUAGCGGCCAGCGAGGUGGGAUGGAUGACCUCUGUGAAGGACUGGGCAGGGGUCAUGAUCUCCGCUCAGACGCUCACUGGACGCGUGCUGGUGGUGCUGGUGUUUGCUCUGAGCAUCGGCGCGCUCGUCAUUUACUUCAUCGACUCCUCUGACCCGAUCGAAUCCUGUCAACAUUUCGACAAGGACUUCACGUUACAGAUCGAUAUGGCCUUCAACGUGUUUUUCCUGCUGUACUUUGGACUGCGUUUCAUCGCAGCCAAUGAUAAGUUGUGGUUCUGGUUGGAGGUGAAUUCGGUGGUGGAUUUCUUCACCGUUCCGCCCGUGUUCGUGUCCGUGUAUCUGAACAGGAGUUGGCUGGGAUUGAGGUUCUUAAGAGCCCUGAGGCUGAUCCAGUUCUCAGAAAUAUUACAGUUUUUAAAUAUCUUAAAAACAAGCAACUCUAUAAAGUUGGUGAACUUGUGCUCCAUCUUUAUAAGCACAUGGCUGACCGCAGCGGGCUUCAUUCAUCUGGUGGAAAACUCGGGAGAUCCUUGGGAAAAUUUCCAAAAUUCCCAACCACUUUCCUACUGGGAGUGUGUGUACUUACUGAUGGUAACGAUGUCCACGGUGGGUUACGGAGACGUCUGCGCUAAAACGACCCUCGGACGUCUCUUCAUGGUCUUCUUCAUUCUCGGAGGAUUGGCCAUGUUUGCCAGCUACGUUCCUGAAAUCAUAGAGUUAAUAGGAAACCGCAAGAAAUAUGGCGGUUCGUAUAGUGCAGUAAAUGGGAGAAAGCAUAUAGUGGUUUGUGGUCACAUCACAUUGGAGAGCGUCUCCAACUUCCUUAAAGACUUCCUACACAAGGACAGGGAUGAUGUCAAUGUAGAAAUAGUUUUUCUCCAUAAUAUUUCCCCUAAUCUUGAGCUGGAAGCCUUAUUCAAGAGACACUUCACACAGGUGGAGUUUUACCAGGGGUCUGUCCUAAACCCUCAUGAUCUCGCCCGAGUCAAGAUCGAGUCGGCUGAUGCAUGUCUGAUAUUAGCCAAUAAGUAUUGUGCUGAUCCCGAUGCGGAGGACGCGUCCAAUAUCAUGAGGGUGAUAUCCAUUAAAAACUACCAUCCAAAGAUCCGUAUCAUUACUCAGAUGCUGCAAUAUCACAAUAAGGCUCACCUUCUCAACAUCCCAAGCUGGAACUGGAAGGAGGGUGAUGAUGCCAUCUGUCUGGCCGAGCUGAAGUUGGGCUUCAUCGCUCAGAGCUGCCUGGCACAGGGUCUGUCCACCAUGCUGGCAAACCUCUUCUCCAUGCGGUCCUACAUUAAGAUUGAAGAGGACACGUGGCAGAAGUAUUAUUUAGAGGGAGUGGCCAAUGAAAUGUACACGGAGUAUCUGUCCAGUGCCUUUGUGGGUUUGUCUUUCCCCACGGUUUGUGAGCUCUGUUAUGUGAAGCUGAAACUUUUGCUGAUUGCCAUCGAGUAUAAAUCAGACCAGAGAGAAAGCAGCACGCUGAUUAACCCGGGGAAUCACGUGAAGAUGCAGGAGGGCACACUUGGAUUCUUCAUUGCCAGCGAUGCCAAAGAGGUCAAAAGGGCACUUUUCUACUGUAAAGCUUGUCACGAUGACAUCACAGACCCCAAACGGAUCAAGAAAUGUGGAUGCAAGCGAAACAAGAGAUCCGGCUCCAAGAGAAUGCGGCUGGCAUGUUGUGUAGCUUGCGGUGGGGCAGAUCGGUGCUGCUCGUGCAUGUCAGAAAGUGUCUCUAGUAACUUGGAGGUCCUGCAUCGUGGCUUCCCCCUCUCUCCUGUUUCUCUGUAUGAUAACACCGCUACUUUACACUCCUCUAAAAGUAACUAUAAUGGAUACAUCAAAUCAAUAGUGGAGGAAGAUCAGCUGUCCGCUCUGUCACCCAAGAAAAAACAACGUAACGGAGGGAUGAGAAACUCGCCCACCAGCUCGCACAAAGUAAUCAGGCAUGACCCGUUGUUAGUCACAGGACAUGAUCAAAUGGAAACAAUGGAUGAGAAUAUUAAGAAAUAUGAUUCCACUGGAAUGUUCCACUGGUGCCCGUCAAAAGACAUAGAAAAUGUUACCCUGACGAGGAGCGAGGCAGCGAUGACCGUUUUGAGUGGUCAUGUGGUGGUUUGUAUAUUUGGGGAUGUAAAGUCUGCCCUGAUUGGUCUUCGUAACCUGGUGAUGCCUCUGAGAGCCAGUAACUUCCACUACCACGAGCUGAAGCCCAUCGUGUUUGUGGGUUCUCUGGAGUACCUAAAGAGAGAGUGGGAGACACUACACAACUUCCCCAAAGUCUCCAUCUUACCCGGCACUCCACUGAGCCGUGCUGAUCUGAGAGCUGUCAACAUUAACUUGUGUGAGAUGUGCGUCAUUCUGUCAGCUAAUCAGAACAAUAUCGACGAUGUGUCUCUCCAGGAUAAGGAAUGUAUUCUGGCGUCUCUCAACAUCAAGUCAAUGCUGUUUGAUGACAGCAUCGGUGUUCUGCAGGCAAACUCUCAAGGUUUCACUCCUCCUGGGAUGGAUCGCUCCUCUCCAGAGAACAGUCCUGUACAUGGAUUGGUCCGGCAGCCGUCCAUUACGACAGGAGCAAAUAUUCCCAUCAUCACAGAACUCGUGAAUGACUCAAACGUUCAGUUUCUGGACCAGGAUGACGAUGAUGAUCCAGACACAGAGCUGUAUCUCACGCAACCCUUCGCCUGUGGAACAGCAUUUGCCGUCAGCGUUCUGGACUCAUUAAUGAGCGCUACGUACUUCAAUGAUAAUAUUCUAACUCUGAUCCGGACGCUGGUUACCGGCGGUGCGACUCCAGAGCUGGAGGGUUUGCUGGCAGAGGAGAACGCCUUGCGCGGGGGUUACAGCACCCCACAGACCCUGGCAAACAGAGACCGCUGCCGCGUCGCCCAGCUGGCGCUCUACGACGGGCCCUUCGCUGAUCUUGGGGACGGUGGUUGCUAUGGUGAUUUAUUCUGUAAAGCGUUAAAAACAUACAACAUGUUGUGUUUCGGAAUAUACCGCUUGAGAGACGCACACCUGGGAUCGCCGAGCCAAUGCAACAAACGAUAUGUGAUUACAAACCCACCGUACGACUUCGAGCUGGUGCCCACAGAUCUGAUCUUCUGUCUGAUGCAGUUUGACCACAACGCUGGCCAGACCCGCGCCAACCUGACCACACACACCACCAUCUUCCCCAGCAAAAAGAGCCUGUCUGCCCUCUCUAUACCCCCCUCAUCCGCGCGGCCGGGUCACAGCCGGAGCAGAGACCUGCGUGACAAACAGAAUGCGACCAGGACGAAUAGAGCGGUCUCAGAAAAGAACUGGUACACAGACGAACCUGAGAGUGCCUUCCCGAGAAGUGCACAAAUCAAACACACCGAUACACACUCAGCCAAUCAGAUGACUCAGUACAAAUCAUACACCAGCAACAUCAUCCAGCCAAUCAGAGAGGUGGAGGAGAACACCUGAGACAAUAUCUGGGACUUACCUGAUCAUGGACAAACUGAAUGUGGCGGAUCUGAUUCUGGUCUAUAAAUAACAGUAUUAUAAUAGCUAAAGAGAAAAUGACAGAUGUGUAAUAGAGGAGAGUAGAAUGUACUACACUUGUUGUAGAUGACCACAAUCUCUUCUAUUCAUCAUGAGCAAAACAUGUAGAAAUAACUAUUUUUAACCGCUUUAAGACGUUAGUAGGAAUAUAAUUGGAUUUAUUAGCGAUCGUAUUUGCAAAACGAUCCAAUUAUUUUACAUUUGUUAGCCAAAGACCAUCGUAUUAGGCGCCAUAUAUCGCGUAAAGUGGGCACAGGUCCUCCCUCAGUCCAGGUCUCUGCCUGGCACAGUGUUGGCAUGGACUCCGAACCUAACUGCAGUGCCCAUAGCCAAUCUGAACGCUGGGCACAUGAAACAAUAAAAAAUAACUACAAUAGCUGGAUUGAAUGGCAGCUUAGCUAUGUUCUCGUACCAAUGAUUAUGCAUUGUAGCAAUAAAAAUCCUGUUUUACUGUAUGUUUGAUUUGAUAACGAUGUAUUUUAUUAAAUUUUUUGUUUUUAAUCUAUACAGCAAGUGAUGAAUGGAUUGAAAAGCAAUCGUUACGUCUGUCAUUUCUAUGAAACCAUUGAAGUGCGUUCAACCUAGACUUUGUUGGUGUGUUCGGUCCAAAUCGGAUGUGGGAUAUACUCAACAUGACCCUCAUAACAACUCGUAAUAGCUUGUACGAGAUGAUGAAAUCGUAAAAUAUCUUCAGGAAUUACUUGGCACGUAAGAGGACCCACAUUAUAUUAGGUGUCGUGCUUACUAUGUACUUAUGUGUACUUGCAUAUAAAGUAAAUGCAUCGUAAUGCUUCUUGAGCGCGUUACCGCGGAGACGUAGUGCGUGUGGAGGCUUCACGCUAUUUUCCGCGGCAUCCACGCACAACUCACCAGAUUAUAGCGGCCACGAGGAGGUUACCCCAUGUGACUCUACCCUCCCUAGCAACUGAGCCAAUUUGGUUGCUUAGGAGACCUGACUGGAUUCAAACUCGCGACUCCAGGGGUGAUAAUCAACGCUAAUACUCGCUGAUUUACCCAGACCCCCCGAAAACUGAGCUUUUUGAAAAUGCUCUCCCAAGUGGAUAAAUAUGAAAACGCCGUCUUCACGUUGUAGUCUGGACAGAAAAAAAUUGGAGAUAUUAGAAAACGAUGACGUAUUUGUUGUCAUGUGAUCCAUUCAAUCCAAAACAAUCAAGAUGGCGUCCCAUGUUGUAGCUGCGCUUACGUUUUUCACAUGCACAGUAAGGGCAUUAAAGCAUUUUCAGAUAUUUCAGUGUGAACGACCAACUUUUGGAAAUCGUUUGAAAAUGGCAGUAAAUGAAAAUGCCGAAAUUUUGAAAACAUUUUUGAAGCGGUUGUAGUGUGGACAGGAGAAACUGAGAUAUUCUGAUACGAUGAGAGCUUUUCGUAAACGAAUAAACAAAGCAAAAAAUAUCACAUAUCACUAUUUAGAGGAGGUGAUUAUCUUUCAAAUGAGUCCACACACAAGAUUAUCAGAUGUAUAGAUCUUUAGAUAAUCCACAUGAAGCACAAUGUUACAUAUGGCCACCAGGAGAUGGCGCCAAAUACAUGACACAGACUCAAUGAUGCCUCAAAUGACACAGAAUGAAACUCAUCUAAAAAAUACAGUGACCUUGUUUCAGGCUUAACGGAUGUUUAUUCAAUCCCUGUAUCAAUUUGAAAUUCUGUUAAUUGGUUGAUGUAAAGGUCGUACUUUUUCGUACGAGCGAAGCUGGAUGAUAUCUUACAAUUUCGCCAUCACGUAUGAAUUAUCACAAGUUGUUAUGAGACUGCGUCGUAACUAACUUUGGCAUGCAGUGACCGAUGAAACACAAAGUCUAGUGUGACUGCACCAUUAUGCACCAAAAUCAACACAAAUGCUCAGAUUUGCAUAUCAGUAAUAUUAAGAUUAAAUGUAGUUCAUGACCGUCUGUUCAGUGAUUGUUUGUGUUAGACGUCUUUGAUGACAAACAUACUCAGACUGUUCACAUGCAGCUUGUAAAGUGCCGUUUUUUGAGAAAACAGCAAAAACAUUCCAAAUCUUGACAUGCAAAGUAUUUCAAAGUGUAUUUAUUUGGUUUAAACAAAGUGCUGUUAGUCCAUAAAACCAUUGUAUGUAUUUACAUCUCAGACCUGAUAAAUGUGUGAUGAACCUUGAGAUUCUGUGUUCACUUUUACAGUCAUUCCAGUGUUUCACAUAAACUCUAAUCAGGUUAUACAUGUGCUUUAUAGACUGCAUCCGCGUCACAUGAGCCUUAACGGAGCUGAUCUUAUAUCAGCGGUGCCGGGCAGAACCGGACUCGAGGGAGGGCCUGCAAAGACCCACUGCCGCGAAAAGUGGCCCAAAAAUCGUCAACGCCCACAAGACUUGAUUAGUUACCGCUGAGAUAUGCGGCAAAUCUUAACAUUUAAAAAGCAGGUGACUGAAAAGUGACAUGGAAAUAUUUGCUCAAGGUAUUUGAUUUAUGAAUAGUAUGCAUCAUUUUGGUCAUGUGCAAUUUGCAAAUUACCCAUUUAAAGGGGUCCUGUCAUGAGGAAUCCAUUUCUUCAUUAUUUUAACAUAUGGGAGGUCAUUUGUACUAUUAAAAACUUGAAAUUGGCCACGUUGCGACGUCAGGAUGCGGUGUCCUUUUGCAUAUUGUGUUUUCUUAUUGUAUUUUGGUCAAAAUGAAUGUGCCGGGACGCCCCGUAUUUAAACAGCCAAACAUUCGAGGGGAACUUCGAAUCUUGUAUGCCUCAUAAUACAAGUAUUCAGGAGCAACGGUGUCCCGACGUUGUUCAGAUUUCCAUUGUUGUUUCAGUCGAACAAUUGCUGUAGUUUGAUUGUGUGCCCACAUACUGGGUGCCGCAUUUGGACUGGGUGCGUGCAGGGGAUUUUGUAAAUCACAUGCACGUUUUCAUCCUAAAAAAAAAACUGUUCCACGAGUUUUAUGGUGGGUGGCAUUUGCUCUUCAAUGAGGUUAACCAAACGUAACGGUGGACAUGUGAUUUGAAGUCUUAAAGGAGAAGUAGCGCAAAAACCGUGCGUUUCAGACAGAGGGCCAAAGACAGGUCACUACAUUACGACUGCUUUUUGUCUUAAAUAAAGCCAAUACUAACAUUAUAAAUGAACCUCAAGGCAAAUAAUAAAAUAUGCAUGACAUGACCCCUUUAACGGUGGCCAGAUUUAUCAGAGGAAUAAAAUGUGUCAUUUAAAAGGAAAUGUCUUAAGCGUUCAGAUGUAAAACAUUUCAAGUGGAUUAAGUGUUUUACCUCGUCGAAUGCAGAGAGAAUUCUUGGUAUCUUGUGUGUUGCUGGAUGUCACGAUUUACUGUAAAUGGCAUAACAGAUAUAAACAUAAGAUGAUAUUGUACAGAAGACUGUAAAUAAAAUGUACAUGAUUUUAUUUUGUAAUUUCACAGAAUAAAUAUGGAUGUAUUCGUG